AUGCUGUGCACAAAAAUGUUGAGUGUUUAUUUCUUCGGGGCCUCUCUCCUGACCACUCUGUUCUUGGCGCAAAGAAAUGACAAUUGGGACUAUAGGACGAGGCUAAACAUAGCCUCACUCAUGGCACUCGUCAACCUCCUAGCAGUGGCAACAUUGUUCAAAAAAUACAUUUACUCUGUAAAAAGAGACAUCAUCACAAUUAUCGUAAAUGCGUUAAUUAUGUUUUACUACCCCAUGAUCCUAUUCCUACACUUUUUUACAACGAGUGAAGUACGAUCCAUGAUAAAAUACAUUUUCAAAAACAUAACAUUCCACGCAGUAGAGAAGUCCUAUAUGGAGAAUUGUAACUCCUUAGAAAACGUCAUGGACAAAAUUGACGUGUACGUGAUAGCCCACCUGGGAGGUUGGUUUUUAAAGACACUGGCCAUUCGAAAUUUUUUCGUGUUAAAUUUAAAUAGCGUAUUAUUCGAACUGAUAGAAUUAAGAUUUCAGCAUAUUUUGCCCAACUUUUACGAGUGCUGGUGGGAUCACAUCAUAUUGGACGUUCUUGGGUGUAACUUAGCGGGAAUUCUGAUAGCUUUUGGUGUUAUGAAGUGGCUAAAUAUGCCACUCUUUUCUUGGAAUUUUCCAGACAAAUUUAAACCGAAUAAAAAGGGCAUCAUAUUUCCGACCGUAGAUAGACUGUUAAGGAAGGUGUUUACAAAUAGCAGUUCCCUGGUGCUGUUAGUUUUCUUCUCCCUGAUGACGAAUCUGAACGAUUUAAACAUAUUUUUUUUAAAGGCCGAAUUGCAGUUGUGGCAAACGAAUUAUUUAGUAUUCUUCCGUGAAGCAGUCAUCGUGACAAUUGUUUUUCAAGGUUGCAUACACCUACAUCGCAUCAUUUCAGAACCGCUAAACCUCAAAUCCCUGUACUAUGUCAUUACUUCAUCGACAAUUCUCCUGUUAGAACUUUCUUUGGCCAUAAGGUGGAAACAUAACUUGGUGUCGGACAAGUCUGACCUUACUACAAUUAACAUGGUUUGGCUUUCGAUAGGUUCAACCAUUUCAUCGACUUUAGUACUUCUCUACACCAACGAGUUUUUAAUUUAA